AUGGCGACCGCGAACGUGACCACGACAGCUACGGCCAAUAGCACUAACGCAGUCAGUCCGCAGGGUGGCAUCCUCGAAGGCGGCAACCCAACCCAUUAUGACUCCAAGAAUCCACUGGUGUUAUUUAUUAUCCAGGCCGUCAUAAUCAUCGUGCUAUGUCGCCUUAUACACUGGCCCCUCUCAAAGAUUCGCCAGCCUCGAGUGAUCGCAGAGGUGAUCGGGGGAAUUGUUCUGGGCCCAUCGGUGAUGGGUCGCAUCCCCGGAUUCACCGACGCGAUUUUCCCGACCGCCAGCAUUCCCAGCCUCAAUGUAGUCGCCAAUCUGGGGCUUAUACUCUUCCUCUUCUUGGUCGGUGUCGAGACCGAUCUUCGCUUCCUGGUCAGUAAUUGGCGGGUCGCUUUGAGCGUGUCCGCUGCGGGCAUGAUCUUGCCAUUCGGCUUGGGUUGUGCCAUUUCAUAUGGCCUCUACCAUGAGUUCCACGAUGAUCCUGGUACCAAGCCCAUUGCCUUCGGUACCUAUCUGCUGUUCAUCGGUAUCGCCAUGGCCAUCACGGCCUUCCCCGUGCUGUGUCGUAUCCUCACCGAGCUGAAGCUGCUCUCAACCCGGGUCGGUGUGAUCGUGCUGUCCGCUGGCGUUGGUAAUGAUGUGGUGGGCUGGAUCCUGCUUGCACUAUGUGUUGCUCUUGUCAACGCGGGCAGUGGAAUCACGGCUCUGUACGUGUUACUAGUCUGCGUUGCCUACAUGUUGUUUUUGACUUUCGCUUUCCGCCCACUGUUCCUCCGCUUCCUCGAGAAAACGGGCAGUCUCCAAAAGGGACCCAGCCAGUCAGUGGUGGCCCUCACUCUGCUUAUUGCUCUGGCUUCAGCCUUCUUCACACAGAUUAUUGGUGUUCACGCCAUUUUUGGAGGCUUCGUCAUCGGUCUGAUCUGCCCACACGAAGGCGGCUUUGCCAUCAAGCUCACUGAGAAAGUCGAGGAUUUGGUCGCUGUCAUUUUCCUGCCACUUUAUUUCACCUUGUCCGGUCUGAGCACCAAUCUGGGCCUUCUUGACUCUGGAAUCGUCUGGGGUUAUGUGGUUGGCGUAAUCGCCAUCGCGUUCAUUGCGAAAGUCACUGGAGGUGCCAUUGCAUCGCGGCUCUGUGGCCUUUUAUGGCGCGAAAGCUUUUCGAUCGGUGUGUUAAUGAGUUGCAAGGGUUUGGUGGAAUUAAUCGUGCUAAACAUUGGUCUCCAAGCUAAGAUUUUGAGCACUCGCACGUUUACAAUUUUCGUCGUGAUGGCCUUGGUCACCACAUUCCUUACCACUCCAUUAACCACCUUGCUGUAUCCAAGAUGGUACCAGGUCAAGGUCGACCGGUGGAGACGCGGGGAGAUCGACUGGGAAGGCAACCCUAUCCAGCAUGAUGGCCGCAACGACAGCGUCGCCCUUGCCAAGGAUCAGUUGAAGACCGUCCCAGUACGUAAGCUCCUCGUCUACCUUCGUCUCGAUGGUCUUUCGGGUGUCUGUACUAUAGCAGCCCUCCUCAGUUCAAAGCGACGUGCAUCCGUGUCAUCACGCAUUCACCCCUCAAAGAUGCCAAAACAGACCGAGGAAACCGUCGAAGAUCCUAUUACCCAAGAAGAGGACGAAAACACCACACUUAAGGUGCACGGUGUUAGGCUGAUGGAAUUGACCGACCGUGAUUCCAGUGUCAUGAAGGUUGCUGCUGCGGGCGAGCAUGCACUGUGGGAUCCGGUAGUCAACACUUUCCGCGCCUUCGGAGACUGGCACGAUCUCUCGCUCAUGGCUGGUGUAUCUGUCGUCCCCGAGCACUCUUACGCAGACACCGUCAUCGGCAUGGCGCAGCAGGACACCGCAGAUCUGCUCCUUCUCCCCUGGAGCGAGACCGGAACACUGGCCGACCGCCAUAAUGGGCUAGACAUCGACGACGCAAAUCGUUUCUCCAACGGCACCUACACAAGCUUCGUUUCUGAUAUAUUAGAGCGGGUCCCCGGCCAUGUGGGCAUCCUAAUUGAAUACAGUCCAUCCUCUGCCUCAUCAAAGCGCCCCGUGAUCUCACGUACCGCCAGCGCUAUGAGUCUCCAGGGCUCAAUUUUCGCCCGCCAGCCAACCGGCAGCCGCUCCCACCACAUUGUCCUUCCAUUCUUUGGCGGUGAUGAUGACCGCUUCGCUCUUCGGAUGGUCAUGCAGCUCGCUCAGAAUGAUCAGGUCACUGCGACUGUUAUUCAGAUUGGAGGAUUGGGAGGCGAUGUCACUAAAACAGCCGUGGUGACUACAGUAUCUGCUUCGAGCUCGAGUGCGAUCCCUGCGUCCAGCUCUCAGUCCGAUAUGGUCUUUUUUGAAACAAUGCGUGAUUCUGUUCCAGAAGAACUUCAAGAGCGUGUCGUCUUCCACCAACCAGCUGUCAAUGAUACCAUUACCGACGCAGCUCAAAUGGCUGUCGUUUCUGUGCGUGAAGAACUUAACCACACUUCGAACAAGGCGAACAACAUUAUUAUCGUUGGUCGUCGUAGUGUCUCUUCUAAUAUUGAGCUGGGUCUUUCGGAGGAUAGUAUUGGACAUGAUACCCGCCGGGUUCUGGGACCUGUCGGUACGGCGAUGGUACAGCCCGAGAAUAAGAUUUAUGGCAGCGUAUUGGUGCUGCAGGCGGGUACCGCUGGAUUGGCUGAUUACUAUCGUUGA